GGCUCCCGGCGUGCCCCGCGGCGCGGGCGCUUCCGGGCCAGUGGCUGAGGCGAUGGCGGCGGCGGCGGCGGCCGGGGAGGCGGACGAGCUCUUCGACCUCCGCAACAACUUCUACAUCGGCGCCUUCCAGGCCGCCAUCAACGAGGCGCAGCGGGCCAAGCCCAGCAGCCCCCAGAGGGAGGUCGAGCGGGACGUGUUCCUGUUCCGAGCCUACAUCGCCCAGAGGAAGUUUGGGGUGGUUCUGGACGAGCUGCAGGGCAGCCCCAGCCCCGAGCUGCAGGCUGUCAGGAUGUUUGCUCAGUUCCUGGCCAGCGACAGCCAGAGGGACUCCAUCGUGGCAGAGCUGGACAAGAAGAUGGCCAAGAGCGUGGACGUGGCCAACUGCACCUUCCUGCUGAUGGCAGCCUCCAUCUACUGCCACCAGCAGGACCCCGACGCUGCGCUGCGGGCCCUGCACCAGGGGGACAGCCUGGAAUGCUUGGCCAUGAUGAUCCAGAUCCUGCUGAAGCUCGACAGGCUCGACCUGGCCAGGAAGGAGCUGAAGAAGAUGCAGGAGCAGGAUGAGGAUGCCACCCUGACCCAGCUGGCCACAGCCUGGGUGAACCUGGCCUUGGGUGGGGACAAGCUGCAGGACGCCUUCUACACGUUCCAGGAGCUGGCAGACAGGUACUGCCCGUCCCUGCUGCUGCUCAACGGGCAGGCUGCUGCUGCCAUGGCCCAGGGCCGCUGGGACGAGGCCGAGGGGCUGCUCCAGGAGGCUCUGGACAAGGACAGUGGGCACCCCGAGACCCUGCUGAACCUGGUGGUGCUGUCCCAGCACCUGGGCAAGGCCCCCGAGGUCACCAAUCGUUACCUGUCCCAGCUUAAGGAUGCUCACAAAAACCAUCCCUUCAUCAAGGAGUACCAGGCCAAGGAGAACGACUUUGACCGCCUGGCCCUGCAAUAUGCACCCAGUGCCUGAGCCUGGAAAAUCCCUUUGGGGCCCAAAAAAUCCCUUUGGGACCCCAAAAAAUCCCUUUGGGACCCAAAAAAUCCCUUUGGGGCUCAAAAAAAUCCCUUUGGGGCCCAAAAAACCCCUUUGGGACCCCAAAAAAUCCCUUUGGGACCCAAAAAUGCCCUCUGGGAUAGGGAAAAUCCCCCCUGGAACCCAGGAAAUGCCCUCUGCACCCCAGCUCCUGCGGGAGCCCCCAAAUUUGGGGUGAAAUUUUGGGUUUUGAGCCCCAGCUGAGCCCCGAACUCUGCUCCAAGGAGACCCCCAGAGCCCCUGAGCCUUUCCCAAGAAAUGGAAUUUAUUCCUGGGUCUCUGUCCCUGGAAUUUCUGGGGGGGGGGAGUGGGAAGGGGAAAUUCCAAAAUCCCCACGGAUCCAUCCCAAAUCCUGCAUCAUCCUCCAGCCCUUCUGACAAUUCCCUUGGGGAUAAAAAUCCCUGGGCUGGCUGCUGGCGAGAGGGAAAACCCCAAAAUAAUAAAGAAAUUAAUACAAAUAAAAUUAAAAAUAAUUCUC